UGUUCCUCUUAAAGAAAUGUUUGGGAGACAAACAGUGGAGUUUAGUGUGAAAGGACCUGUGUCUCUUAUACUAGACGAGGAACAAGUCGCUCUUCCCGGCUGUUCUAUACUGGAUAUUAAUUUUAAUCGACCCUCUCAGAUUGGAGAGUUGGUUUUUAGGAACUACUACACAGCAUGGAUAAGUGUUUUGGUCCGGUAUGAUGGACCUACAGCAAAUCCUAAAGAAACUGGAUGGAAAGUUGCAAUCACAAAGAAAGUGCUGAUGAUGUCUCCUCAUCAUGAAAAUGGUAGUCAAGAUGCAAUAUCAGUUGCAGCAACCGAGAGCAUGUUGAAAUGGCGUAAGGUGGUUGGGAUGCGGCUCAUUCUACGUCAACCGUCUCCAGAAUGGCGAGUAUUCCACGUAGAGGAACUUAACGUGUUUGGUGAUCUGCCGAGACUUGCACCGACUGCUAUGAACACUCCUUUUGAGAAAUAUGAUAAAAUACUAGAGUUGGUUCGACAGCAGACUUUGAAAGCUUUACACUGGACGCCGCCCCAACAAACGGAAUCGAAUAGGCAAGAGAAUUCAAGUGUCAUACCUAAGAUCACAAGUUCUGCAUAUGAAAUCACUAAACUUCCCCAAACGUAACUGUGUACUAUGUAAUAUGAUUGAG